AUGGGUACCUUGUUCCUCCGCUCAAGGUUCAUUCCCUUCCGGAAAGCCGUUAAUACCGUAAAUAGUGGAGAGUUCCCAAGGUCUGUAACCAAUAGUAAUCCCAUUUGUUUCCCCUCCUCUUCUCGAAUAUUUCCAUUGACAGUGAAUUGUAGAGGCAGUGGAGGGGAAGAAGAUGACUGGCUCUCGACCUCCUCUCCUUACGACGUUCUUGGAGUGGAGAAGAACUGCUCACCCGCCGACCUGAAAGCCGCUUUUCGCGCUAGAGUUAAGGAGUUCCAUCCUGAUGUACGCAAAGAUGCUGGUGAAUCGGAUGUAAAGAUUCGGCGAGUGAUUCAGGCAUACGAGAUGUUAUCCAAGUCCCUCCAAUUGGAGACCACCGAGAGCGAAUGUUUAGAUCCUUUCGAGAAACCAGAAUGUGAGGCAUUUGAUGUUUUCAUCAAUGAGACUCUUUGUGUUGGCAAAGGAUGUCCAUUUUCAUGUGUCAAAAGAGCACCUUAUGUGUUCUCUUUUGUUUCUUCAACUGGUACUGCACGUGCAAUGAAGCAAGGUCAUAAUGAAGAUUACCAAGUCCAACUUGCUGUUGGACAGUGCCCGAGAAAAUGUAUCCAUUAUGUUACACCCUCUCAAAGAGUUAUUCUGGAGGAGCUACUUGAAAGUGUCUUGAACGUGCCUUACGACAGUUCUGCCGAGGCAGACUUGCUGUAUUCUCUCAUUACUAAAGCUCAAUUUGAGAACAAUAGGUAUCAGAAACCCAAGAAGCAACCCAAAGCUUCUGGGAAGCAUGUGGAUUGGUUUUGACAUUUAAAUUGUCAAUGCAAAUGUCCUUCUUCAUGCCAAAGUGGUGAGCUAGAUUGAAAUGGUGGAUGCAAGAAACCAUCUUCCCCAGUUCCUUGACUGAAUGAGUUCAGUGGUGGAUUGAGA